AGAAACCUAAUCCUCACUCACUUUCCCUCUCUUCCUCUCUCUUACUCAUCACCGUAAUGCACACCCUUCAUUGUUUCUCAAUUUCUUCUUCUACCCUCAUCGAUUUUUUUCUCCGUUCUUCCUCCCUUUUCGUCUUCCCCCAACCUUCUAACGGCCCCCCUGUUCUCAGCCUCCGGUCAUGAGCAAACCACACUAACAGCCGCCACUUGAAUCCAUUAUCUUCUCGGUCGCCGGCGAAAGCUGUAUCGAGAGGAUUGUUUCUUCUCUCCAAUCUCCCGGUUGCGAUCAUCAGUCGUCAUUAUCGUUUGAAGAAAGGAAACUAAGAACGAAACACUCUCGGUUCCCUCGUUGCAGCGUCCAAUCUCAGGCCAAAUUCGAUUCUGCAUAACUAGCUACAUGUCUUUGCAAUUGGAUUUGCAGCUUAACAUAGAGUGUAUCCUCGUUCCUGCGGGUGUAACUGCUUAUGCUCCAGUGUUGAUCAGGGCAGCUGUUGUGAACAAGUUAUGGAACUAAUAAUUGGGAAAACCCAACGGAGCAUGGUUACAUUAGUUUCAGCACGGUUAUUCCUCUAUGUUGGAGAUUCUCUGCCAUUACGAAAGUUAUCAAGUUUAUCCAGUAUAACUGGGAUUCACAAUAGUGUGCGGUUCCAGAGAUCAAAUGAUAGCAAUAGUGGGCCCCUAACCCUUGCAAGCCUUGGAUUCAAACCUAAAGUUGAGACGACAAAGAGAAAUAAAAGCAAUAAGCUUGGGCAGGUAAAUGUGGCUGUUGAAAUUUCUAAGACUAAAAUCAAGCCAGUUAAGAGCAGUGGAAGCAAAAAUGAAGUUAAAAAAUUCCUUGAAAUAGAGGCAGCUCCUUUUGCUGCAAAGACAUUCUCUGAGCUGGAUCUCUCACCUUUGAUAAUUGAGCGGUUGGAGAGAGAAGGCUUCACAGUUCCAACAGAUGUUCAGUCCACAGCAAUUCCCACCAUUACAAAGAAUCAUGAUGUCGUAAUACAGUCUUACACAGGUUCUGGAAAGACACUAGCCUAUCUCCUUCCCAUACUCUCUGAAGUGGGUCCCCUGAAGAAAAAAAUAUCAAAUGGGGAUGAAUCUGAAAAGAAAACUGGUAUAGAAGCAGUUAUUGUUGCUCCUUCAAGAGAACUAGGUAUGCAAAUUGUGAGAGAAGUUGAGAAGCUUUUUGGACCAUAUGACAAGAAGAAGGUUCAGCAGCUUGUUGGGGGUGCAAACCGAUCAAGGCAGGAAGAAGCUCUUAAGAAAAACAAGCCUGCAAUUGUUGUUGGAACACCUGGACGGAUUGCAGAGAUUAGUGCAGCUGGAAAGCUGCAUACACAUGGUUGUCGUUUCCUUGUUUUAGAUGAAGUUGAUGAGCUCCUUUCCUUCAAUUUCCGUGAGGACAUGCAUAGGAUAUUGGAACAUGUUGGAAGGAGGUCCGGGGCAGACACAUCCUCCAGCUCAAAGAGUGCACUAGCUAGGUGGGCUGAACGUCAGAUUAUCAUGGUUUCUGCAACUGUGCCAUUUUCUGUGAUACGUGCAGCUCGGAGCUGGGGACGUGACCCUCUUCUUGUUAGAGCAAAAAGUGUUGUCCCACUUGAGUCUGUGCCUCCUGGACCUGUGUCCUCGUCAAGCACUACUUGUGUUUCUACAUCUAACUCAAUGACUCAAGGUGCAAUUGAGAGCUUACCACCUGUCCUGAAGCAUUACUAUUGUGUAACAAAACCGCAGCACAAGGUGGACACCCUGAGAAGAUGUGUUCAUGCACUCAAUGCCAAGUGUGUGAUUGCUUUCAUGAAUCACAACAAACAACUAAAGGAUGUUGUGUUCAAGCUAGAGGCUCGUGGAUUGAAGGCUGUGGAGCUGCAUGGGGAUCUCAGCAAGCUUGCCAGAUCGACUACUCUGAAGAAAUUCAAGGAUGGGGAGGUGAGAGUGCUGGUGACGAAUGAACUAUCAGCAAGGGGAUUGGAUGUCUCAGAAUGUGAUCUUGUGGUCAAUCUUGAUUUGCCUACUGACUCAAUACACUAUGCACAUCGUGCUGGCCGGACAGGUCGGCUGGGUCGAAAGGGAACGGUUGUCACUAUAUGCGAGGAGCCUGAGGUAUUUGUUGUGAAGAAGCUUCAAAGACAGCUUGGGAUCCCUAUUUGUGCAUGUGUGUUUACAGAGGGCAAGCUUAUUGUCUCGAAAGAAGAACAAGACCAUGAACCAGAACAGGAGGUGGAAUAAGAAUGCAAUCAUACUUAUGUACCUAGUCUUCAAGUCUUGUUUCUUCCUAUUCUUCCGAAUUUCCUGGUGGAUAAACAAAAGUUAUGCUGUUUAUUAAAAUAUGUUAAUAUUGAUAGAGGAACUUUGUUCU